ACGCCGAUGAAUGUUUGCCUUGACCCGCCUCCAAAACCAUUGUAAAGCAUAUCGGGUCCGAAUUUCUCUUCCCGCGAAUGAAACUUUGACAGCAAACUGUUCGAUGAAAUUCCCCAAUGAGCUGCAGUUUGCAUCUGGCGCUUUCUUCCGCCAUUUCCAAACUCCUACCCUUGUUAAAUCUUCAUUUAUCAAACACAAUUCCUUCAGCAGCUCUUCUCCUUCUUCGUCUUCUCCAAGUCCUUCACCACCAUGCCAUCAAAAUCUUGUCUCAACGGCCAUCUCUAUCCUGAAGCACCACCGCUCAAAAUCCCGGUGGUCUUACCUCCGCUCUCUUCUUACCUCAAGCAACGAAGCCCUCACUCCAUCUCAGUUUUCGCAAAUAGCCCUCCAACUCCGUAACAAUCCUCACCUUGCCCACAACUUCUUCCUCUUCACAGUCCGUCACUCGCUCUGUUGUCAUUCUCUCCUCUCCUACGCUACCAUUAUUCACAUCCUCUCUCGAUCACACCUCAAAGCACAAGCUCAAGAAUUAAUCCAAUCCGCCAUUCGUAAAUUCCCUGACCCCUCUCUAUCAAGCCCACCUCCAAUUUUCCAAACUUUGAUCAGAACUUAUAGGAUUUGUAACUCAGCUCCAUUUGUAUUUGAUUUAUUAGUCAAAGCCUGCAUAGAGUCUAAAAGAAUCGAGCAGGCCACUGAAAUAGUUAGAAUGUUAAGGUCCAAGAAGAUAUGUCCAAAUAUCAGCACUUGUAAUUCUUUAAUUGAGUUAGUUUCGAAAAGUAGGGGCAGUUUUGCUGGUUACGAUUUGUACAAGGAAAUUUUUUGUUCUAGUGAAAAAAAUGUGAAUGAGAAUGGUAAAAGGUUAAAAGUUUCCGGUCCCAACUCGAAUACAUUUAAUGUUCUUAUGGUUGGGUUUUUGAGAGAUGGCUUAGUGGAAAAGGUGGAGGAGAUAUGGAGGGAAAUGGCAGCAAUGAAUUGUGUGCCAAAUGCAUUUAGUUAUAGUGUGCUGAUGGCAGCAUAUUGCGAGAAUGGGAGAAUGAAGGAUGCUGAGAGGGUGUGGGAUGAAAUGGGGGUUGAGGGUCUUCAGCAUGAUAUUGUGGCAUAUAAUACUAUAAUUGGUGGGUUUUGUGAGAUUGGAGAGGUUGGCAGAGCAGAGGAGAAGUUUAGAGUAAUGUCUUUGGGUGGCUUCGAGAGUACUUGUGUUACAUUUGAGCAUCUUAUAAACGGGUACUGUAAGAUUGGGGAUGCUGAUACAGCGAUCCUGUUGUACAAGGAUAUGUGUAGGAAGGGCUUUAGGCCUGAUGGUACAACAGUUGAUGCAAUGAUAAAGGCACUUUGUGAUAGUAGCAAGGUUUCUGAUGCCUUGGAGAUAAUGACAAUGGCAAUAAAGAAUCCUAAUAUCUUCCCUCAAAGGAAGAGCUUUGAGUAUCUAAUUAAGAGCUUGUGCCAGGUGGGGAGCAUGGAAGAAGCUCUGAAGCUUCAGGCGGAGAUGAUUGGCAAUGGUCAUGAACUAGAUGAAGAGAUCUAUGGUGCUUUCAUUGAUGGAUAUGUCAAACAAGGAAAUGAGGAGAUGGCACAAAGGUUGAGGGUAGAAAUGUUAACAAUUUUAAUCCCUGCUCAGAAGGGCUAGAUGAAGAUUGUGCUUCCUAUUUGUUCAUUUGUAUUAUUUGCUGGAUUUGAAGUAACAUCAGAAUUCAAGCACAGGAACACACAUUUUGGUUGUGCACUGCAGUAAUGGAAACUUGCUGGAACUGUUUUGUCUGAAUAUACGGGCCGCAAUUUGGUAGAGGCGGCAUAAUGUCAAACCAAGAGACCUAUCAGAACCAUGGAUGUUGUACUUUGCCUACUAAAAAGAUUCUGUCAAUUUGGACCAGCUAUACAAAUCAUAGAGAGGGAAGUAGCCAAAGAUUAAAAAGCGAAGAUGCUAGAGAGAAGAUCCAAGAUAAGAAGGCCAACAAGGCAGAGAUCAGAUAUCUACUGCAAUACUGGGGGGGACAGAAAGACUCAUCGGCCUGGAGCAAGAGAUCCACGAUACCGGCUGUUGAGCUAGCUGCUGCCAAUAACAGGCGAGGAAAAGAAAGCAUACAAAGAUAGAAGAUAUCAUAUAGCAGUUCGAAAGAAUCAAGCCUCAACCAGAACUAACAUGGAGGAGGAAUUACCAAAAGGCAGUAUAGCUGUAAAAGUCGACUCCCAAAGACAUGGAGAGAAGAGAAGCAGAGGAAAAGAUAGCCUGGCCCAAUCUCAAAAUAAAGCUGGCGCUGGUCCCCAUGGACCCUGGAACGUCUUGUAUGGCCAUAUGAUGAAAAAUGGAUGUUGCUGCUGCUGCUGCAGUUGCAUGGAGUGGGAUAGAAAUCCCAGUUGCGAGCUUAAAAUGAUGACAGAGAUGAUGAUACUGUCAGUGAAGAAUAUAGAUCAUGUUGGGGACCUCCCCUCUUUCCCAGGCUCUGCAUUCUUGUGACUUCGGUAUUCAAUUUUGAAUCUUUGCCUGGGCGAAAUCAUCAUCAAACUCCGAUAGAUAAUUUAGUUGUGAUGUACAGCAGCAUGGGAAUCACAUGCAUAGACCUUGAGGAAUCUGCUUCACAGUAUGUUGCCUCUGCUUCACAGUAUGUUGCCCUUUCUGAUUUCUGAGUUUCGAGAUGUACGCUGCUUUUGGGGAAAGGAUAGUGUGUAUUAAGGAGGAGUCCGUGGGUUGUGAGACUGUUGUGCGACUAGCGAUGCGAGGGAUGAAACUACCUGUCGUCUAUGUCUCCAGUUCUUCUUCUGCCGUUUUUCGGCUCUCUCUCUCUCUCCAGAGAACUCCUCUUUGACGCAAGGAAAAGGUAGCUUAAACUAUUAGUAGUAGUUAGGAGGAGGAGUUUCUGACUUAUUACUUCUCAUCUCAGGUGGAGUUUAGAUUAAUCAAGUGAAGUGUGUGUUUCUUCUUAAAGUCAAUUUUGGUGAGUGAAAAUGUUUUUCCAACGGACGAGCCAACGCCCUGUUUCUGUAGGAUUUGACUCUUGGAUUUCCUCACCCUCUUGUCAGGAGUUUCGUCCCUUUUUUCUUUUUCACUUUCAACUACUAGUAGUAGGCGUUUUUCCUUCAAAAAUUGUAUGAAAGAUGUGUAUAAAUACACAAGACUGAAUGAACAGUAUCUGGAUUUGUGGACC